CUUCAUCAAUCAGAACAGCAUCAGCGGCCCGCUUCCCCCCACCAUCACUCGCCUUCGCAAGCUUCGCAUCCUCUUCAUGAGCAGCAACCCAAAGCUCACUGGACAGCUGCCUCGCAACCUAGGCAACAUGGUUGGACUCACGGACCUGGUGAUGGAGUUCUGCAAUUUCUCCGGCCCCAUCCCAGCGUCCAUCACCCGCCUCUCCCGCCUGCAGCGCCUCCUGCUGGACAACAACUACUUUCGGGGACCAGUGCCUGAUGGCAUCAGCAGGCUCACAAAUCUCACCAUUCUGUACCUGGAGCGCAACUUCCUCUACGGCACGUUUCCCGCUGGCAUCUCUCGCUUGCCCAAACUGGCCUACCUCAAUCUGCACGACAACAUGUUCACAGGCCCCCUCCCCACCAACUUCCCUGGCACGUGGUUCAUCCAAUGGGGGCAGUACAACCUGCGGAACAACUUCUUCAACGGGCCCGCGGUGGUAACCGCGGGCGGGCAGCCCUUCUGCCCGGUCAACGCCACCUAUAAAGCUAUCUUCUUUGAGUCAUCUCUCGCUAAGAACUGUUUGACUUACCCCGAGGGGAGCCCAUGUGUGAAAGCAGGGGUGGUGCAGCCGCAGGUGCCUACUAACGUGUGUAAGCGUUUUUGUAACGCGGACACAAACACAUGCGGGGGGAAGGGGUACUGCUGGUUUGGCGGUGGGAGGCACCCGUCUUGCGACUGCUUUAGAGGAUACAAGCCCACUGCUGACAAGCAGUCUUGUGUGAAAGCAUGAUGUUCCCUUUAUACCGGUGCACGUGUGUGUGAAAGCUUGUCUAUAGGCUGAUUUUUUGUGACGACCUUUCCAGGUUUAGGUUGUACCAUAGCAAUGGGUGUAAGAUUCCAUAUGCAUCACACAAUAUCCACUCAAUACAUAACUGAUUUGUUGGGCGCAGAGCUGUUGGGCUGAGAAAAGCCCUUAGGAUCUUUUCAGAGACUAAGUCCCAGUUGUACAAGAUACUUGAGUAGUGCAGCGGAAGUUGAGUAGUUGAACCCUUGCACUACUCUCAUACCAUGUUGGGCUGAGAAAAGCCCUUAGGAUCUUUUCAGAGACUAAGUCCCAGUUGUACAAGAUACUUGAGUAGUGCAGCGGAAGUUGAGUAGUUGAACCCUUG